AUGGCAGAGACAGACCCCAAAUCGGUUCAGGACCUUACUAACGUGGUGAGUCGUCCAAACUUUGCUCCAACAGAUGCAGGACAAGUUCCAGACCAUAUGAGCACACGCAUCGACGACCUGGAGAAAAACAUCGCUGACCUGAUGACCCAAGCCGGGGUGGAGGAGAUAGAGGCUCCCCCAGAGAAACCCAAAGAGGGCCAAGGAUCAUCAUGA